AAGAACUCUUUAGGCUCCAGCCAGCUCUUCGUUGUUUCUGCCUCGGAAAGGGCUGAUGGGCUGUGGUGCAUCGACAGACUAUUCGGCCGAAGCCUAUGCAAAGUUCAAGAAUGAUGCAGAGGACAAGCAGACUUUGAUCUUGAGGAGUUUCUACAGGGCGAUUUCCAACAGUUUCCAUGACAUGGAGAACAAAAAGAAGGGCGUGGAUGUGCGCCCAAUUAUCACUCAGAGCAAAGGCGGCUGCGACCCCAAGAUUCACGACACGCACAAGGGAAUGUCCACCUUGGAAGAGUUGAUCGCUGCGGUCUUCGGAGCGAAUGUAGGUGGGGUGAAACGGGACGAAAAUGCGAAGAUCUCCUUGGAGGUUUGGAAGGAGUUAUGCAGAUCCCUGAAAAAGGAAUGCAAAGACUUUUGGUCGCACGAGGAUGAAAAGAAGUUGGUCCAGCGUAUCACCGAGAUGAGCAUCAAAGCGGGCCAGAAAGACAUGUCUUGGUGCAAGAAGGUGCGAGUCUACUGUCGACCGCUAGGAGCCACUUGGAGCGGCGGGGAUAGGUGUGUCGAAGAAAGUGACUGGCUCACGGAUGAUGGGAAGUUCUUCUUUGCAAAGGUGGAGUCAACACAGGAGGAAGGUAUUCUCACCUUCCCUGCAAAGCCAGUUGAAGAGCAGGAUGGUGUCAGUCCUGCUGCAUGGAUCAAUUACCGCUAUGGUAAAGCAGACGACUCGAAGGAGAAGCUACAGAUCGAUGUUCUGACGUGGGAGAUGGGAGCUUGGAGCGAGUCUAGGAUGGAGGUGGAUCCAGGGCAGGUCUUUGACCUUUGAGAUUCUCUGAGAGAACGACAUGGUCAAAGAAGCACGAGUUGUUCAAAAUAUGGGUUCGGGUUGCCAAACAUCACAAAGCCGCACAGCUUGCUUGUUUGUUCUCCAAAAAUCGAGAACAGUCUCUUCAGAAGGUAGCUUGUCAAGCACAAUUCAAUAAAGAAUGAAC